UUUCUUCUUCUUCUUCCCGUUCUUACCUCUUUCCUUCUUCCUUUCCCUCUCCAAUGGCGUCUCAGGGCGGGAAGAAACGACUCUCAAUCAGCAGAUCCAGCAGUAGCGAUAGCGAAGGCGGAAUCCUUUCUAGGGUUUCAAGCGCUGUUUCCCAAUCUCCAAUUGUCUACCGUGGAAAGCAAGCAGCUUCGGACGCCGGUUACGUCGCCAAGCGUCUCCUAAUGAGCACCGGAAAAGCUGCGUGGAUCGCCGGAACGACCUUCCUUAUCUUGAUCGUGCCUCUCAUUAUCGAGAUGGACCGCGAACAGCAGCUCAACGAACUCGAUUUGCAACAGGCCAGUCUCCUUGGUACUCCAGGUCCACCAAAGUGAUUACUUUUAUUCAAAUGCAGAUUGGGUUCUUUCAAUUUGAGGUAUGAGGCCUGUCACCCAUGUGAUUCUUGGUUUAGGGUUUAUGAUAUAUGUUAAUGAAAAGUAAUACUAUUGAGGGCUUGCGUUGAGGUUUGUUGUUUUCAUUUUCUGAAAUAAGGAUAAUAUGUUGUUAGUGCAGGUUUUUACUUUGCCUAAAAUGUAUUCGAAUUUCUUAGU